AUGGCGGCGCACAGGGCACCGGGGCCGAUCUCUCCGGCGCUGCAGAAUAGCUAUGGACCGGAGGCGACUCUUUUCGAGCACCGCCCCCAAGACGGACCUCAAGUCGUCGCGUUCGAAGCGCCCGAGGCAAUACCGGGACAGUCACCGUAUCACGGUUACGUUUCAAAGCCAUACGAAGAGAAGCAGCCGCCCCCGCCAAAAGAAAGAAGCAAGAAGAUUCUCGGCCUGCCUGUUGCAUUGUUCUGGGUCAUUAUUGGGGUGGUCAUCCUGCUCGUCUUGGGCAUCUCACUCGGCGUCGGCCUCGGCGUUGGUCUCAGCCAGCGCGCCACUACCUCUACAUCACCAUCACCAUCACAGUCAUCCUCGGAAACAUCAGGCGAUAUUCAAGGAACUACAUCUACAGCCGCCGCCUCAUCCACAUCAUCAACAGCCACGACAUCAUCAAUAUCUAGCAGCACAUCAUCCGCACCCGUGACCUCCGGCACGACUGGUGUAGCCGACAACAGCUGCACACAUCAAGUGCCCUCGACGUAUUACUCAUCCGCUGACCAAUCCGUCACCUUCACCACGUUCUGCUUCACCGACUGGCCCAACAGGGAGGAUGCUGCUGACGGGAACGGGACGAUCAGCGAUAUCACCUACACUAUUGUGUACACCUUUGAAGACUGCAUGGACAAGUGCGUAACCUAUAACAAGGAUCUCACGGAGGGACAGACCAAGUGCGCAGCUGUGACUUAUAACAGCAACUUGACGAGUAUUGUUGCGGUGGGCCAACAGGGUGGAAACUGUUUCUUGAAGGAUAAGAAGGGGGUUAACCAGCAGGGAAGUGCGACAAGUGCGUGUGCAGCUAUUGUGUACUAA